AUGGGUGUCGAAAGAAAGAUCAUCACCCGUGGCAAUGGCUCCGACUCGCCCGUUGCCGGCGAUAAGGUCUCCAUCCACUACACAGGCUGGAUCUACGACCCCAAGAAGGCCAACAAGGGUUUCCAGGGCAAGCAGUUCGAUAGCUCCAGAACUCCUGGCCGCGGCCCUUUCACUUGUCAGAUUGGCGUUGGACAGGUCAUCAAGGGUUGGGAUGAGGGUGUCACGCAGAUGACCCUGGGCGAGAAGUCCACCCUUACUAUUACCCCGGACUAUGGCUACGGUGACAAGGCGGCUGGCAAGAUCCCCGCAGGCUCUACUCUGCUCUUCGAGGUCGAGCUCCUGAAGAUCAACAACAAGAGCGCCUAA